GGGGGCCGGGAGAGUGGUUUACAGGAAACACUUUAAAACAGCUUAGCCAGUGAGACUGGGCGAGCGGAGUGAAGCAGAGAGGCUGCUUCCACGCGAGAGCGGUGGCUCCAACACACUCUGCCUGGGCAUGGUGUCUCAGUGGAGCCGAACACAGGGAGCCCGCGCGCCCUAGACGCCCAAGCUGCUGCCGGCGCGGCUCCACGUCCAGCCCCUGCCAGCCUACCCCAGCCAGUCAGCUCCAGCUCGGGGCAGCCCCGGGGGUGGGGGAAUCGGGAGGAUAUUCUUUCGGGCUCUCCUAACCUCUGUGGGGAGCUGCAGCAGCGCCUGUCACGUCCCGGGCGGUGCCAGCUGCCCCUGGCCCUCGGUGCCCCGCAGCUGCUGGUGCAGGUUCUGGUCUGAUCUUUGAAUAGUAAAGACGGUGACUCUGUACUUCAUAAAAGAUGGAAGCCGAGUCCGGGACAGCCUGUAUUGUGCAGCCUCCUUGUCCUUCAGAUGAGUUUCCUUGCCAGAUGAGACUAUCUGAGAAGAUUGCUCCAGUGAAGACUUGUUUCAAGAAGAAGCAAGUUCAGAAGAGGUUCAGCACGGGAACCUUGAGAACCUUGAGGCCAAUAUUAAACACCUUGUUAGAAUCGGGGUCACUUGAUGGCGUUUUCAUGCCUAUGAACCCCAGUGGAAAUGGUGGUAGCAGCCUGUGCGAGCCGGCUGUGAAAAAAGCAUUGGGAAUGAAUUCACCAUGCCCACCAGUGGGCAGUGGCAUGAGCAUUCUUCUCUCUGGAGGGGCGGAUGUCGGGAGACCAAUACCAGAAGCUGAUCCUUCCUCAGAGGAUACGGAGCAGGUGGUCCCAUCUCAAGACCAUGGCUUUCCGUCAGAAACUACCAAUGGAACUGUGCCCGAUCCUGCUGUGGGGCCCUUCCAGGAUCCCCUCCUGCAUGCAGCCACCAGCGAUGUCCCUGUUAGUCCUGACUGUACAGAGAAGGCAAUGGAUUGUAUUCCUGGUUUGUUUCAGCAGGACAAUUAUGCCCUCCAGUACAACUUAAACACCAGCAACAAGCUAAAUACUGGACUCUUCCAGGGUAAGAGUGAGGAGGCUUCCCUCGAUCUGGUGUUUGAACUGCUGAACCAGUUACAAUAUCACACGCACCAGGAGAAUGGGAUUGAGAUUUGCAUGGAUUUCUUGCAGGGCAGUUGUGUUUAUGGCAGCGACUGCUUAAAACAUCACACAGUCUUACCCUACCACUGGCAAGUCAAGAGGACGGCUAGUCAAACAUGGCAGAGUGUAAGCAACGAUUCUCAGGAGCACUUGGAAAGACUCUUCUGCAAUCCAGACAACGACAGAGUUAGACUCAAGUACAGGGGACAUGAAUUUUGGGCGGAUUUGAAUGCAAUGAGUGUAUAUGAGACAUCUGAAUUUGACCAAAUUCGAAGACUGUCCACACCUUCUUCUUUCAAUGUGAACUCCAACUACCACACAGUCUGGAAGUAUUUCUGCAGAGAUCACUUUGGCUGGCGAGAAUACCCAGAGUCUAUUGUUCAACAGUCUGUUAUUCGACUGAUAGAAGAAACCAGCUUCCGGGGCCUGAGGGAGGUCCGAUUCUCCAUGCUGCAUCACCAGUACGUUGUAAACAUCAAGGAUAACUACCAGCAAAGCUUCUUCUCGAGAAGGAUAAUGAAAAAGAGACCCCUGCUGCGGUCCUGUCUGGUGUUGAUGCCUUAUCUCCAGACCCUUGGUGGCAUGGCUCCAUUGUCUCUUCCUGCAGCUGAAACAGCCUCAUCCCAGGUCUUCUGUCCAUCCGUAGUUACCUCGGCAAACUUUUAUCCUGAAACCUGGAUCGCUAUGGAUCCGUCUCAGGACUUCAUCCAAGUGCCUGUUUCCAAGGAGGACAAAAGCUACCGAACCAUCUAUAAUCUCUUUCAUAAGACUGUGCCUGAGAUUAAAUAUAGAAUCUUGAAAAUACUGAGAGUGCAAAACCAGUUUCUUUGGGAAAAAUAUAAAAGGAAAAAGGAAUACAUGUCUAAGAAAGCCAAUGACAUUAGCAGAAUAAUGAAUGAGCGGCAUCUCUUCCAUGGGACAUCCCAAGAUGUGGUGGAUGGCAUCUGUAAGCACAAUUUUGACCCGCGUGUAUGCGGCAAACAUGCCACCAUGUUCGGACAAGGCAGUUAUUUUGCAAGGAAGGCAAGCUAUUCCCACAGCUUCUCUAAGAGGUCCCCCAAAGGGGUCCACUUUAUGUUUCUGGCGAAAGUGCUAACUGGAAGAUACACGGUAGGCAACCACAACAUGAGAAGACCACCUCCAGUGAAUCCAGACAGCAUCACCAGUGACCUGUAUGAUUCCUGCGUGGAUAAUUACUUUGAGCCUCAGAUUUUUGUCAUUUUUAAUGAUGAUCAGAGUUACCCAUAUUUUGUUAUCCAGUAUGAAGAAGUCAGUAACACCGUCACCAUUUGAAAAUCCUUGAUACUGCUAAAUUAUUUGAAAUAAGUCCUGUCCAGCAUUUGUAGCCAGUUUUGGGGGUGGGAAGGGAAACGGUCAGGGCAGGGAAUGCUAAAAAGAAGGCAUUGUCCAGAGCUUUGUUGUUUACUAUUUUUCUUUUUUGCCUAUUUCCUCUUUGUCUUUUUUCCUUCUUUCUUUUUCUUCUCUUUCCUCUUCUUUUCCUUUCCUUUCUCUGUAACAUCCCUCUAUAUCUUGUCCUUCCUUUUUCUUUCUUUUCUUUUGUUUCGUCCUUUUCCUUUUUUUGUUGCCUGUUUUUCCUCUCUUUCCCCCCAGAGCUUUAAAAAAAUGACUGGGAAUUGAGAUCAUUUCAAAAAAACCGCAAACACACACACCACAAGUCUGAAAAAAUAACCAACUACAGGAUGGUUGAUUAUUUGCUAAUUGUUCUCCGUGUACUCUGGUUGGAGAGAAUGGUUGAUUAUAUUGUCCCAUUAUACUUGUGUGUACACAGAGAAUCGUGACACCAACUUUGGUGUUUUGAAAAUGGAGCAUUAAUCAUACCAACUGAAGUAUAGAAAUAAUGGCUCCAGCCAGAUAAAGAUUUAAUAAGGGACAUGAAGAAGUCAAGGCUGCAGAAAAGGAAGAAGAAUAUGGACCACUCGCUUCAGGCCCUAUGACCUCAGCUGCUCUAGCACAGGUGAGAGGAACAAGCUAGCAGAAAAUCAUUAGACUGUAAGCUCCUUGAGGGCAAGGACUGUCUUUGGCCUUUUUUGGUAUCCCCAGCACUUAGCACAGUGCCUGGCACAUAGUAGGCGCUUAAUAAAUGUUUAUUGAUUGAUUGAUGGGUGACCAGGUUUGAUAAAAUUCUGUGAGUUUCUAUGGGAAGUUAUCUAGGGUUCCAUAGAAAACCGGAAUUGUCAGUGCUUUGAGAAAAUGUUGGUCACCAGCCAAACUCUUCCCUAGUCAGUGACAUGCCACGUCAGCAUUGCUUUGUCUGUUAGAAAUCAGCAAAAGAAAUCUCCAUUUCAUUCACCAACCAUGAAUGAAAGAAAAACUAGGCAAUUCAUUGACUUGAAUUCAGAGGUAGUACCAUCGUUGGCUGUGGCUCCUACUCUCCCAUUCUCAACUUUGUUGGACCUCUUUGUGACUCAAGCCCCAAGCCCUGCCGUGCAGAGAUGUGAGCCCUGCUUGGGCAAGGAAGUCCUGCAGUGCCAUGCUCAUAUUAGGUACUCCAACAAUAAUUGCUGAUUGUGAUCCAUUAGUGGAAAGGGGAUAAUUCCAACUCCUAACUUGAGGUUACUUUUCCAAAUGCAAAAGAUUCUCUGAGGCACCCAGCCUUUCACACUACUUAAAUAUAGAAACACAGCCUUGCUGGGGUUCAGCUAAUUAAGAGUAUGCAGCUGCCACAGAGAGGUGGGUGCUGACUGCACGUGUACUUCGCCUUAAGCAAAUCCGAUAGACAAAGAUAAGGAUUGAUUAAAAACAGAUCAAAGGGAUUCACUUUAGGAAUACUUCCAACAUCAGGUCCCCCCGAGCGCAUUAAAAAGCAAUUCAAUUGGCACCCAGUUUUUCAGGUUAUGUAAAAGCAAAGCUAUAUGUGUACUGAUUUCUCAGUGACUUGACCUGAAUAAGCAUUGGACAGGGCUUCUACACAACUGACUUUUCUGCUCCAGCCAAUUCAGGACAUAGCUGCCCUUGGCCAUGAAAUGACCACAAGUGGCUGAAAACUUGAGAGACAUUUGUACUUGUUUUGGCAGAACAGUGAUUGCCAAUGUUCUUUGUAAUUGUAACAGCCUUUCCUUAUAUGUUUGAUCUGAUAUUCAUUCAUUCUUCCCCUCCCAUCUCCAGAAAAAUGCUUGUAUAUCUUAUUUAUUUUUUUAAUAAAAAGAUAAAAUAAGUUUGUCGUGAAGACAUUUCUCAAGGUUUUUCUGAUUCCCCCUGGAAAAAAGUGAGGAUGCUCUUUGUUUCUGUAAAACCAAGGACUUGAAAUCUUGGGUAUACAUGCCAACAGAAUCACUCACAUGCUGUCAUUUGUCCCUGGCUGUCAAGCCUAAGAUAUAUAGUAAUCAACAGAAUUGACCGUAACUUAAAAGUUAAUCAGGAGUAUUUGAUUUUUCAAGUCAUCUCUGUUCUAGACGUCAAUACUCUGUGGAGCUAUGACUUAAGUUGUAUGGUUGAUAUACAUUAAAAUCCCUCUCUGCUUUAGAUUGUGUCAUGAGAGACUGUUGCUGAAAAAUUAUCACUUAGCGGUCAACUCUGGUGAUAGGGAUCGCCCAGCUCUUCAAACUUCCCUAGGUUCUCAUAUGACAAAACAACCUGGAUCUAAAGCCUUGCCCGCUUUGUAGAGCCUACCAGAACCUGUGCUUAGUUUUUGUGGCUUUCAGAAAUCCAAGGCCACCUCCAGGUCAUAGUAGAAGUUUACAGUAGGAACAAAUAGAAGUGAUAGGCAUUCAGUUCUAUAAAUGCUUUUUUUUGGUAAUGAUUAGUCACUCAACAGUAAUUAAGUAUAGGGCAUCAUGGUAGAUAACAGAGGGAGAUAUUGUAGAUAUACCUCCUCACUACUUUCAAAAUAUUUAGGUUUUGGCCUGUUGAAAGAGCUAUUUAAUUAAAUAAAUAUGAAUAUCAUUGGGAGUCCCCCCCACCUCUUCAUGUUUUUAUUUUUAGAGGUGUAUAGUGUGUAACAGUUUUAGGCAAACUGGUACUCUAUGGAGCUGACGUUUAAAUAUGUAUUUAAAAGAUUGGAGACUGCAUGCCAUUGAUCAAGUCUCUCUUCUUACCCUCAGGCACCAAUGACCAUUUUAGAGCAUCAUAACUAUGGUUAAUGGUUCCAUAGGAAGAAGGUUCCAUGAUCUCCUUUAGAAAUAAUGAGAUGUCUUGAUGUCUUGCAGGCAGGAAAUAUUUCCUCAUGUACAUAUUGUAUCUAAUGUACAUAGUAAAACAACAGCAAUCUUGUACCUUUUGUUUAUUAAACUAUUUAUGUUAGUAAACAUUUAUGUUUG